AUGAGAAAGAACAGCAUAAGCAGCUCUUGGCCAGAAGUAGGUCGGUAUUUCAUUGAAGUGGUACAAAAACAUACGCUGCUGAGCCCCACACAGUCCAGUGGUCGGAUGUGCAAAAGAAGUUCGCAUUUACGAAGAUGUUCUUGGGAAUCUUGGAAUUCUCAGCAAGUGCUGCCCGCUUUGAGGGGAAACCUGGAGGCUGCCUCGACUCCCAAAGUUUGCAACGAUAACUCGCUUAACAAGGGGAACUGGGUCUCCCUAGAGCCACUUUACUGCAACUUUCCUCCUCACAUACAAGAGAAUGCUGCUGCUUCCACAGCUAGCCCCGUUUCCGCAAAGGGCAGGGCUGUCCUCGCGCUCGGCGACGCCGACGCCGGGCGCUCCGUCACGGCGGCACCAAGGGCGCAGGGGGACGCGGGCAGCGACCCGCUGCAGCGCCCGCAGUGCGAGAGCACGGGGGAACCCGACUCCCAGACCCGCUCUCCUGGCCGGCUCUGCCGAUGGCCUCCCUGCUUGCGCAUGAAAACUGAUACUGCUCGUUUGCCUGAGUCUAUCAUUGCAGCUGCAUGUUCCAGAAGCGGCCAGAGAGUUCUUCAUGUUGAUUCGAAAAAUUACUAUGGUGGAAACUGGGCCAGCUUUAGCUUUUCAGGAUUAUUGUCCUGGAUUAAAGAAAAACAGCAGAAAACUGAAGUCAAUGAUGAGUGUGAAGACUGGAGAAAACUGAUCCUUGAGAAUGAAGAAGUUAUUUUGCUAAACAACUCAGAUAAAACUAUUGAACAUGUAGAAGAUUUCUGUUUUAGCAAUCAGGAUUCAGCAGAAGAUGUUGAAGAAGCUGGAGCUUUGUCAAAGCUGCCUCUCUUUGCAACUUCUGGUGCCGAGGGGGCUGCUCAGGAGUUGGAAAAGGAGACCAUUCCUAUGGAAAACACCUUGCCAGAAAAGGCUGCAAGCAGUGACCCAGCAAGUGCAACAGAAGGCGGUGAAACAGAAAUAACCUCAGAGGGUGGAAGUUCUCCUAACGCAGCUUCAGGCGAGUCCGAUUCGCGUGUGGGGAAAACAGAAGCUGCACCCUCAGAAAAUUCUGCCCAAGAACCAAAGAAAAUUACCUAUUCACAAAUUGUUAGAGAAGGCAGAAGGUUUAAUAUUGAUUUAGUUUCCAAG